AUGUUCCAGCUGCCCAUCCUCAAUUUCAGCCCGCAGCAGGUGGCCGGGGUAUGCGAGACCCUGGAGGAGAGCGGGGACAUCGAGCGCCUGGGGCGCUUCCUCUGGUCCCUGCCCGUGGCCCCGGCGGCCUGCGAGGCCCUCAACAAGAACGAGUCGGUGCUGAGAGCCCGGGCCAUCGUGGCCUUCCAUACGGGGAACUACCGGGAGCUCUACCACAUCCUGGAGAACCACAAGUUCACCAAGGAGUCCCACGCCAAACUGCAAGCUCUCUGGUUGGAAGCGCACUACCAGGAGGCGGAGAAGCUGCGGGGCCGACCCCUGGGGCCGGUGGACAAGUACCGGGUGAGGAAGAAGUUCCCGCUGCCCCGCACCAUCUGGGACGGCGAGCAGAAGACACAUUGCUUCAAGGAGCGGACGAGGCAUUUGCUGCGGGAGUGGUACCUGCAGGACCCUUACCCCAACCCCAGCAAAAAGCGGGAACUGGCUCAGGCCACGGGACUUACCCCCACGCAAGUGGGCAACUGGUUCAAAAACCGCAGGCAAAGGGACAGGGCAGCAGCCGCUAAGAACAGGUAUAAGGAUCAUAAUAAUAAUAAUAAUAGGGGAAGAGGGGGGGAUCUUUCCCUGACUCCUGGCCCCAUUCGGGAGCAAAAAAGCUUAAAUUUUGGGGGAGAUGUAGGGUCACCCGUGCUUUAUGCAGACGCUCUGCGCACAGCUGCCCUCACCCCUCCAGCUGCCUCUCAGCCAAAAUCCAAGUCUUUGAAAGAAAAGUCAAAUCCACUCUGUCCAGGUCCGGUGCGGGUCCGGGUCCGGGUGCGGGUCGGGUCCGGGUCCGGGUCCGGGUCCGGGCGGAGCGGGCGGUGGUGCCGGUGGCGCCGGUGGAGCCCCGGCCCUGGCACGGAGCAACAGCUCCACCGUGUGCGGAGACGGGAGCGCACCAGCUCCUCGGACCGGGAGAGACUGAGGACAUCGGCCAGGUUCAGCUCCCCUUAG